AUGUCCGAGCAAAAUGAUACCAAUGAUCACAAUGAAGAUAUGCGAGGACCAAAACGUAAACGACUUGCGCAAGCUUGUGACGUGUGCCGAAGGAAAAAGAUCAAGUGUGAUGGGGUGAAACCCAUGUGUGGGAAUUGUAAAAGAACGGGGCGUGAGUGUACCUAUAACCCGAAUGUUAAGAAACGAGGACCACGACAGGGAUACAUGGAAAUGUUGGAGAAACGGCUGGAUAAAAUGGAAAAGAUGCUUACUCGCGGACAUGAACUGUCGCAGCAGCAGCAACAACAACAACAGCAACAGCAACAUUCAUCAUCAGCAGAUUCAACAUUGAGUGAAGAUGCCAGUAACACGAGAAGUCCUCAGCCCCCUAAUAAUAACCCGAUCAUAUCACAACAACAUCAUUGUUCAUCAUCAUCCACUGCAACAGCCAAUAACAGUGUCAUCAAUGAACCCACAUCGGCCACCACAGUAGCUUCCUUUUCACCCGCAAACAAUGUCAACACCACUUUCCCAACAACAAGUCAACAACAACAACAACAACAAUCAACUUCUGUAUUACCCUCCACCGACAUUGUAUUGCAUUUGAUCCAUCUCUUUUUCGAAUACAUAUACAACUAUACGCCUAUCUUUGAUAAAGAAACGCUCAUACGCGAUGUGCAAGAACAACGAUGUCCUGAAUUUCUUAUUCUCGCCAUCAUGGCUGUAUCGGCAAGGUAUUCAGAUCGUAGUGAUAUUGCCGAAGAUCCACCUUGGCAUUCGGGAGAAAAAUACGCAUGCAAAGCCCGUGACAUGGUACUUCAAGCCAUUGAUGCUCCUAGUAUGGCUAAUGUUCAAGCACUUCACCUUUUGGCAUUGCACGAAUACGGCUGUGCAAGAGGUCCGAGGAGCUGGAUGUUAUCAGGAAUGGCUAUUAGGAUGGCGUUGGAAAUCGGGUUGAACAGGGAACCCGGAUUGGCGUACAAAGAUCGACCAUUAUCGACUGCACAAUGGAUGCAACAUGAGGUACAACGCCAAUUAUUCUGGAGCAUCUUUGCCGUAGAUAGAUUUAUGAGCGCAUCAACGGGUCGACCGCCGAUAUUACAAGAAGAGGAUUGUGAGAUAUUGUUACCUUGUGAUGAGGAUGGAUGGUGUACACGGAAAUUUUACACUGAAUCAAUCAACAAAGAGCACUAUGUCCUUUUCAAUGUGUGUCCAAUGCAAGGAAGCAAUCUCUUGGGAAUUUCGACAACAAUCAGCUCUGAACCACUUGUUGAUGGAAAUGGAAACAGGCUUCAACUCAGCUGCAUGGCCAACGUGUAUCGUGGCGCAGCAUUGUUGGGGAGAUUGACAGUUUUCAUCAACCGUAAAUGUCGUCAACGGAAGCUUUUUACACCCGACGGCCCUGGAUCAGACUUUGCCCAAUUGGAUCAAGCCAUUGAUGAAUGGUACAGCAAUUUCCCAGCAGAACUUCAAUAUACACCAGCCAACAUGGCUUGCCAUAGGCAGCGUUCCAUGCCUUGCUUUUGUCGAUUUCUAUUGCUUCACACAUUGCAUAAUACGAUGAUUGUCUUGCUACAUCGACCCGCUCUUGCACAAAUGGAUUCAUCCAAUGCCGACAAUGUUCAACCCCAUUUACGUGAAUGCUAUGCAGCCAGCGCUGCUAAAUGCAUGCGAGCCGUUGCUACGGUGACUGAUUUGAUCGGCUACAUCAAAGAGAACAAAGUCUUAAUAUCACCAUUCUUGACCUAUUUGACCUAUACGGUGGCUACGAUUGUCGUCAACAGCAUCUUUUUCGGCAAAGGAGACGAUGUCUACAAGUCAAAGAAAGCACUCACCGAGCAUUUUUCAUUGCUACAGAAUUUACGAUCGUAUUGGGCGAUGGCAGACAAGUUAUAUUUUAUGAUCCGUGAUCUAUAUGCAAUGCAUACCAAUUUCACACGCCAACAGCAGCAAUCAACAAUACCAGCAAAACGAACAUCGCAACAAUCACCAGGGUCAUGGCCCCAGUCUACAAACAUUGUAUCUAUGCCAUGCCAAUCAACCGUAAGGCAGCAAGAAUGGACAACAUUCACUCCUGAAACUUCUGUUCAACAACAACAACAGCAACCGCCAUCUAGUCAACAACCUGUCAUGCCAAUGGAGACAAUGUCAUACAACACGACCACUCCAGGGGAGCACACCAAUAAUGGAACGACGACGACGGAUGGAUCAUUACGGGGGAUGUCCUUAGCCGAUCUCGCGUUAUCAACAGCUGAUGGAGCAUCCUCUACCAAUUGGAUCCUUGGUGACAACAGCAAGAAUCUUGCAGCCGCUAUGCAAUUCCUUGGUGGCAUGCCUGCCAAUAACAGCAAUCCUUACUAUGCCUCCAACAUCCCUUUUACUAGUGCCCCACAACAAUGGCCAUCAUAUGAUUUUUCAGAUCUUCCAACGGACCCCAAUUAA